AGAAGGGGCCUGAGGCUGAGGUGGAGGCUGGGAGUUUGGGGCUGUGGGUAAGUCCUUUUGGGGUCAGACCUGUGGACUUGGGCAGGGGCGGACCCUCAUGGGGCUCUGGUGGGCUGCAGCAGUGCGGCUUGAUCUUGGGCCCUGGUGGCAGCUGUCUCCUCUGAACAGGGCUGGAAAGGAGAUGGACGGCCCUGAGAUCUCGGCUUGCCUGGGGUCAGAACUAGCCUUGUAGGUGGCUGGGGAGGAGGAAGGAGGAAAAAUACUAACAUAAGUUGAGCUGCUGAAUACGCCAGGUGCUUUCCAUGUAUUCUAUCCUGAGUGUAACUGGAGGGCAGAGGUUAAGUGAGCACACAGCCAGCAGGCUGUAGGGGAGGAUUUAAAGCUGGGCUGCUCUAAACUCACAGCAUUUGCUCUUCCAAUCCGUUCCCUGUUUCCUGGGUGGAGGUUCCCAAGGCAGGUGACUCAAAGAGGAAACUGUGAGAGUUUGUGGGAGCAGGUGGGGCCGUGCAUGGACUCAACUGUCCCCAGAGGCAGCUAACUGCAGAGCUGAGCCCUGCCUCGCCCAGGCGGCCACCGCUUGCUUCAAGCUGCAGCUCAGGUAAUGGUGGUGCCUAUUCUCAGGUGGAUCUUCUGAAGGCCAUAGAAUCCUCCACGGGCCCAGGAUGCCUUUGCUCAAAUACUGCAGCGUGGCCACAAGCCUGAAGGCCCCUGGCUGGGACAGUGCUGCUCCACCCUGGGACCUCUCCUUCACCUACCCCUUUGCCCUCCAAGCGCCCUGGCUCACCGGGCACAAGCCCCUUGCAAGGCACGCCUCUUCUUGCCCGUGUCUCCACAUUGCCGACCCAGCAUGGCAGGGGCCUGGCUGGCUGGGAAGAGCUGGAGAUGCUGCCAACACAUGGGUCCUAGCAAGAAAGGAAGCAGAUGGUUUUUACUACCGGGCCCAAAUAAAGGCCGCUCCCGAGCUGGAGAGACAGGGGGUCCUGCUUGUGGAAUUCGAGGCUCCUCUUGUCGCAGGCUCAAAGCUGCCAGCCCAGCAGCAGAGAGUGGUCUUAGAAGAGGAUGUCAUUCCUCUCUCACCAUCUGUAGGAUACUCACUGAGACCAGGGGAUAAGGUGCUGGCACUCUGGGAGCCACGCCAACAGCAGUAUGGCCCUGGCACUGUUCUUUUGGGCUUGGAGAUGAGAGAUCCCCAGAGAGUAGCAUCAAAGGAAGAAGAAAUCACUGUUCACUUCUGGAAUGGCAAAGCCGCUAAAGUGUCCCUAGGUGGGGUCCAGUCGGUGUCCCUGGCCAUCUGGAAGAAGGCUGUGGAGAAGCUGCACAAAUCUUUCACCAGGGAGCACCCCAGGCCCCUUCACUGGGCCCCUUGCUGCUCUCUGCUAGGGCCAAUCACUGGGCGCAUCACUAACGAGCUUCCUCCGGAUGCUCCAUUCCUGUACCCUCUCUGCCAUCCUCAUACCUGCUGCCAGUUGCUGUGCCAGGGCUGCCUCUGUGGCUGCCCCCCAUGUGGCACCACUUGGUGGCCUCUAACCAGGACCUCAGAAGUCAUGGCCAGAGAACUUCCGGAGUUGGAACCCACAGCACAGCUUUUGCCCCUGGAAGGUCCUAAAGAGGAGAAAGUAGCAAUGCAUGCUCCCUUGGCUGUUUCUUCCUCCUCAUCCUCCUCCUGUGAACAAGACGGUGUGGAGAAUGAUCUAGAGAUGGGCCCUCCCCAGAGACUGACGGUGAACACUGCAGUCAACACAGAUCCCAUCCUUCUUAAGACGCCUCUGAGGCAGAGUGGCCUCUGCCAGCCUGAGUGGAGGUAUUGGAAGAGAAACGGGCCUGAGCCAUGCCCUGGGAAGUCAGGAACAAGAUAUUCCAACAUCUGGAAAGAAGAAAAGGAUCACAAACGGCAGAGAGCACAAACUGUAGUAGUGGGGACUACCAAGGAGCUGGUCUCGAAAGCAACCCACACGAAGCCACCGCAGACCCCGCCAGGGGAAGCUGAACACAGAAAGCGGAGUCAGAGCCUUGCAAUACGUAAAGAAUAAACAUGGUAAAUACUCAAGGAGUUAUACAGAGUGGCUGACAAGGCCUUCUUCAACAGAAGGAGGCAGAGGACAGGCCAUAGGUUAACAGUCAAAUAACCAGCAGUAUCUCCACCCCACGAAGACCUCCCUGCAGAUAAGCAGCAGGAAGGCACCUGUUGUGAGGGCUUAUAGGAGUGUGGGGUCCUGCCCUGGGGCUCCCUGCCAGGGCCCUGGUGAAACUGUUUUAAGAUGCCUCUUCCAUGGAAGGAGGGGGUCAGCCUGCUUUGGGCAAAUGUGUCCACAGCCACUCUGCCACCUUCCCAUAAAGCCUACUUGUAUGUGAGUGACAUUUUGUUUCACCUCUUAAUAAAAUUGAAUUCUCUUC